GUAAGCAGUGGUGCGUCAUGCAAUAUCCCUGGCCUUUUGAUACCUUCAUUAGAGACACACAGGGACAGGCAGGCAAUGAAUCAGGGACGCAGAGCGGGAAAAGAAGAAAAAAAAGAUGAGCACCGCCAAAAGCGGUGAGCGAGCUAUUCUCGAACCUGGAGUCGCAACUCCAUACUUGCAUGUACAAGCCCCUCAUCGGUGAGCUCUCGUGAGAGAACCAUCAGCGUGGAUCUGAGCGUCCCAGGGAUCAUAUCAGAGACCCCGGUUGCGGGCACCUGCGUGCUUCUUUGGCAUGAUACACGCGUCCCAAAAAAAAAAAAAAAAGUAGAAAAAAACCACAUCAGCACUGCUCUGUACAUAUAGAGUACAUACGUACAGGCAAUAAACGUCAAGCCAGGACAGGGUCCCAAGAGCCGGCACUCACUCGCAGGGCCUCCACUGUACAUUCACAGAAAAGCCACCCCCACAAAAUUGCUAGCCCAGCAGGGGUCCGACGAUUUUUUUCUUUCUUGGGAGGGCUUCCUCCGUGGCCCAGGCUGAAUAUGGCCUGGUCCGCGCCGGAGGCUACGAGGCCUGUCCCUGGUAGCGGCGCCUUGGAUCAGUCAGAUGGUCGGUACGGAUGGAUGAUUUUCUGCUCGAUUAAUAUUAUGCCAUUAUUGCUCUACGGGUAUUAUCCCAUCGUUGACGCGGUAGACGACUGAAAAAUAAAAAAGAGAGAGAGAGACAAAGGGAGAGCUAUGGCAGCUCCACUGUCCAAAGACUUCAUUACUAGGUAGCUGGUAUAAGACGGCUUAGAAGACCACUGCGGCAUAUGGUACGGGAACUUUGAUGAUCCAGGCCCCCCCAUUGCUUCCGCGUCCCUCAUUAUUUCGUGUUUGUAGGACAAGGACAGUCGCAAGAUGAACCACUACUGCCUACUAGCAGUAAUAAUUCCCGCUGCGAGACAUGCAUGCGAGCCAUCGUGCCACCGUUUUCGCCUACUGGGAAGCAAAAAUUGAUGUGCUACUGCGAAUCACUCGGUACCGUAGCAGCAUUUUUUUUUUUUUUUUAGUAACAAGUCAAUAGACAUGCCAGCCGCCAAUUUAAAAAAAGAAAUUCGAAAAAAAGAAAUUACGACGCAGUGUGGCAUGUAAGAGCAUGCUCCUGGGUGGCAUCAUGUGCUUCAUUUGUAAUCUUUAAAGUUGAAUAGACCAAUACGACCUCACACCUCCUUGGGAGCUACUAAC